AUGUUUUUUCUGAAUGGAUGGAGCUUGCUAAUGAACAGUGUGGAUAGGCUUUGUGUUGUAGCAUCCCCAUUGUAUUAUUAUACUCACAGUAAACGAAUAGCUUACUCAUUAAUUGUCGCACAAUACGCAAUUACUAUAUUUGCGGUAACUUUUACCGCCAUGGCCAGUUUAAUUGAACCGAUUCGAUAUAUAUCUCAUUUCUGUUUACUGCAGAACGUUUAUAGCUCUUAUUUUUACGUUACUCUAACAUUAACGAAUUCCAUUACAUCAUUAUUUAGUAUUAUUCUGAUGGUUAUUGUUGUUUUCAUGCUGAAAAGGAAAUUUGGUGCUCAGUUCCUUUCACAUAAUUCACAUAACCGCGACUUGACACGUUUUCUCGAGAAUCAAAAGCGAUACACCCAUACAGCACUGAUCUCCUGCUGUUUUACAUUUUUUCUCGUUGUGGUGCCAUCAACAUUGAAGUGCAUUUUUGUGAUGGAUCGCAUUAAAAGGAUACCUUUGGUUGUGAUGCUUUGCAUAUAUUUGCCUCUCUUGAAUUCCUUCAAUAUGGUAAUGUUAUUCAUGUAUCGGCAAAAGGAUUUUCGGGAUGCCGCAAUUCAUGGUUUCAAAUGGCUAUUGUGUCGAAAGCAGCAUCACAUCCAACCAGCUACCCCUGUUAGAUUUGGAGAAUGA